AUGGCAGCGCUUGGUCUGCUCCCAAGUCCUUCCAUGACCGAAUCGCGACCCGCAAGCACAGGACCCGAGUCGACUUUUUUGAAACGUUCUAAAGUUCCAAGCGACGAGAAGGAAGUUGUGACGCCGGAAAUGGUGGAGGAGAUUACAAAAAGCGUGAAUCAUUCUGGUAGCACCGACAAUAUCAAGAAACAAGACAGAACACCCGAGAUACCGAGUGAAUCUUCAGGCUACGAAGAAGUGACUUUGGAAUCUCAGAAAAGGCCAACGCCGCCUGUUACGAAUGUCCAAGAGGCUCACUCUAAUCUAAUUCGGCAUUGCGAAGCGAAUGAAUUAGAGACGGCUGCCAACUUUCAAGAAAAUGAUGCGACCCCAGACGCCACCUACCAGGCAAUUCCCCGAGACCUCAACGGCCCAGGACAGCAACUGUCUCAAGCGAAGCAAGUUGGAUAUCCAGCAACCUGGCUUACUGACAUCCCUAAUCCUCUUCUAAAGAGAUUUGCCGUCGCAAGUAAACCGAAAUUGGUCGAUAUUGCACCCCAUUCUUCACCAUCACUACCUGCACUGCCACCAGCAUCAAUCAACCCACACCCUCUCCCAAUGACACCAGAUCAGCGGCAAGAGGAAGUGUCCGCUUUUAGUCCUGAUACACCACUAGACAUGUCUGACAGUGGGUAUGGUACUCGGGAGUCCGGCUAUUCGCUAUCCAGUUACCCCGAGAGCAAGGACGAAGAUUCCUAUAGCGACCCCGGGUCUCUGACAUCCGACAGUGUCACGUCAACAGUCGUCGGCGAGAGGCCGGAUACCGCGCAGGGAGAGCGCACCAAGUCACCCCGGCCAGAGAUUCGUUCGGGCAGCGUAAGCCCGCAAGCAUUAUCACCAGCCAAAAGUUCAUCAGGUCGAAGAUCCCCUCUAUCUGACAAAGAGGCGCCUGAGAGAUCCAAGUUAAUGGAUCAUAAGUGGACACUGGAUGAUCACGAGUGGACUCUAGACGAGCUGGAUCACUUUGUCAAAGACUUCCCUCGCAAUAUGCUCCGACUCACAUCGCCUGUCAUCCUCUUUCUCCGCAGAAGCGAUGAGAAAGACUUCCUCCGCCCAUUCCGAACCAUCUUCCCCAACGUCUCAGAGAACAUCUUAGAUGGGCUCUGCGCGGCCCUCAUUGCUCGGAAUUAUCUCUUUUCACUAUCUAAUCUUCACCGUCACAAACCUACUCUCUCCUCGCGAACUGAUACCUAUGCCCUCGAUGCCAUUCCUACGAAGGCUUAUAGCACACUUGGUAUCCAGAUUCCUCAUUCGUCCCCUGGUCGUUCGAAGGACCGAAGUCUCGGUACUCGCAGCAGCGAUCUGCGUCGGGAAGUUGAAAAAAUUGUUGACAAUCUUUUAUUCGCCAUCCGCGGCCGGUCUGAUGAUACCCUCAAAUCUGCCGUCGAAGUUCUUGCACAAGUUCUCGAAGUACAUGCCAGCUAA